AUGCAUCAAAGAAUAUAUCAUGGAUGGAAACACAUUUAACUCUUGAUACUAACAUUAUUAGAGAUAUCAAUUUUUUAAUUGAAAAAAUCAAUGAAGUAUAAAUCUAAAUUGAAGUAGAUGGAAUUUGAUAACUUGAACAUAAAGUAUCUUAUUUGUUUUAUUAGAUUACAGAUGAAAUUUAUAAUUUAAAAAUAGAACAAAAUAAAAUGA